AUGAUCAAGGAUGUGCGCAAAUAGGUUGUCACUUAGUGUUCAUUUUAUCAAGCCGUAUAUCAAGCCGCCGCUAUCGCGAGCAGCGGCAAUUAAAAGAUUUCUAUACGCGAAAUUUCAGAAAUAGACGCGAGAAACAAAAACUACGGACGGAAGCCGCGCGAUAGAACGCGUCGAUCGAUCGAUUAUCGUCCUCGAAUCGUACCUGCGGCACGCUCGAGUGAAAAACACGAGGUGCUGAUGCGGACGAAACAGUACUCGCGCGCGCCUUUUCCCGACGAGGUCGAAGUAGACGCGUAGUGCCCGUGUGUUCACAGGUAGUGCAAAAAUGGCGCGAUACGCCGAAGACGUGUACUACGAAACUGCUGUUAAAUUGGCGCGCGAGGCUGCCCAGAUUAUUCGGAACUCCAUCGAUGGCCUCAAACAUAUCGAUGAGAAAUUGGGCGACUGGGAUCUCGUCACUGAAUACGAUCGGAAGAUAGAAGAUGUUAUCAUUGGCAAACUUAGACGCGCGUUUCCGGAUCACAAAUUUAUCGCGGAGGAGUCGACUGGUAAAGAGCUGCCGGAGCUAACCGACGCUCCGACGUGGAUCAUAGAUCCUAUCGACGGCACCACAAACUUCAUCCAUGGAUUUCCGCACACAUGUGUGGUUAUCGGCUUGGCCGUGAAAAAGGAGAUGGUCCUCGGCAUCGUGUACAAUCCUAUUCUCGAGCAGCUGUUCACGGCUAGGAAAGGACGAGGCGCGUUUUUGAACGGGAAGCCGAUCCAGGUGUCCAAAGUUCAAGGCGAACCGAUCGACAUCAUGAAACCACGAGCGAUAGCCGCGUGCAAUGAUAAGAUCGCCCACGAUGUCGUUAGAAUUAUUCGUGAAGCCGAUGAACGGGUGGAGAUGAGAACAAAAUAAUAGUGUCAAGUGAUUUUUAAAUAUUAAAUUAUACCAUAUUUAAAAUUGCUGUUUUGUAGAUCGAAAGAAGAACGUUGCAUUUUCAAAAAUAAAAAUAAUAUAACACGAGCAAAAAUAUAUUUUAUAUCAACUUCAUCGAUCGAAUAUCGAUAACCCAAAAGAAAAGUUUACCGCAGUAUAAGUCGUCCGUAAGUUUCAUUCUCCUCUUCGGAGAAUGUCACCAGUUUCGUAUUUAAAUAGAAAUAUGUUGACAGCCAGAUGUUUGUUCGAUAACACGCCAAGUCGAGUUCUCAUCUUAAACAUCGUUCCGAUAACGUGAGAUUGCACGUAUAAUGUAAAUACUGCGUGUAAAUAGCAGUAAAUCCAUCUGAACUCAGCAAAUAAUAAAUUUCCUCGAUCAAAAAUUUUUUUUAAACAGUUGACACAUUGUCUUGUUGCCAACAGUCGACUU